CACUCCCCCCACCUUUCCCUACUCUUUCUCCCUUCUCUCGUUUCAAUCCUUGUGAUUUGGUAACCGUAGACUUGGAUGACUUGUUGAGCUCUCUCUCUCUCUCUCUCUCUCUCUUUCUCUCUCUGUAAAACUCUUUCAGAAUGGCGGUGGAGCUCAUGGGCUUUCCGAAGAUGGACGAUCAGACAGCUAUACAGGAAGCUGCGUCGCAGGGCCUGAAGAGCAUGGAGCAUCUGAUUCGCGUCUUGUCUCAGUCCCACCACCACCACCAGCAGCCAAGCCACCUGGACUGCACCGUUAUAACGGACCACACCGUAUCAAAUUUCAAGAAGGUCAUUUCUCUCCUGAACCGGACCGGCCACGCCCGGUUCAGGCGCGGACCGGUUCGACACUCGUCUUCAACAUCCUCCUCCUCGUCAUCCGCCUCUCUCUUCGUUCCUCACUCGCAAACCCUAACCCUAGUUCCUACUCCGAUCACUUCUACGCCCACGAUCGUAUCUCCGGAGGCCUUACCUCAGGCUCCGAUCCCUGCUCCGGCGAGAUUCGUCCCGUCUCAGCCGCAGAGUUUGACCCUCGUCUUCUCGGAACCCAAUGUUUUCGCCUCGAACCCGAAGACUACCGAACUGGAUUUCACGAAGGAGAACUUCAGCGUGUCGUCGAGCUCGUCGUUCAUGUCGUCGGCGAUCACCGGAGACGGCAGCGUCUCGAACGGGAAGCUAGGGCCGUCGAUCUUGGUCGCCCCAGCGCCGGCCGUUUCCGGCGGAAAACCUCCGCUAUCGACGGCUCCCUACAAGAAGAGGUGCCACGAGCACUCCGACAAUGUCUCCGGAAAGUUCUCAGGCUCCGGCAGCAAGUGCCAUUGCUCCAAGAAAAGGAAAAAUCGGGAGAAGAAAACAAUAAGGGUACCGGCUAUAAGUUCGAAAGUCGCUGAUAUCCCACCGGAUGAGUACUCUUGGAGGAAAUAUGGUCAAAAGCCGAUCAAGGGCUCGCCGUACCCACGGGGUUAUUACAAGUGUAGUACGAUGAGGUUGUGCCCGGCGAGGAAACACGUGGAGAGGGACCCGAGUGAUCCGACGAUGCUGAUCGUAACGUACGGAGGAGAGCACCGUCACGCGGCUCCACCCGCGAUGCACGAGAAUGGGACCGCCGGUAUGGGGUCGGUAUUCGACUCAACGUGAUUGAAAGCGAAUAAGGGAAAAGACAAAAGGGAGGGAGGGGAGGAG